UUCAGUGACAAGUUUAGCUCCUGCCGUGAUCAGUGCGCGUAUUCCCGAACCGAACCGAACCAAAUCGAACCGAGUCCCGCCCUCGCAGAUCCAACAAGUAGUCGUCCCGCAACCGCAACGCAGUUCAGUCCGAGAUGAAGUUCAGUGCUGCCCUGGCCCUGCUGCUGGUCGCCGGCCUCGUGGCCCGCAGCGACGCCCUGCCCGCCCGGAAAAGAAUGGUCUACCUCCAGCAGCCCGCAGCCGCCGAGUGGUACGGCUCCGCCCCCCAGCAGCGCUUCAUGUACAUGCAGUACGUGCAGCCCGGCCGCACCCACGCCCGCUCCACCCAGGCGGCCAGCGCCCUCGUGGCCGGCGAGACCGUCGCCACAGGCACCUACCUGAAGGAUUGCAAUCACGCAGAGUCCGAGCUCGGAGCCGAGGAGGUCCGCGGCGAGGAUGUCCUGGCGGCCGCCGGAGCCCACGGCGUGAGCUCUGUGGCCGAGGCCUACCCCGACCAGGUCCCCGUCGUCCAGGUGGCCAUCGACGCCGACGUGGUGCCAGCCCCCCAGCCCGAGUCGGAGGCCGAGCCCGAGCCCGUGCCCGAGAACGAGCCCGCUGACGACGCCGCCAAGGUGCCAAGGGACUUCAACUUCCCCGCCGAGGAAGCCGCCGUCCCCGCCGCCGAGGAGUCGGUUCCCCUGCCCGUCGCCGCUGCCGAGCUUCCCGCUCCCGCUCCCAUUGCUCCAGUCGCCGCUGUGGUGCCCGCCAACCGCUAUUUGCCCGCCAAGAAGAAGGUGAUCGUCGAGCUGGACCAGUCCCCCGAGGAGGAUGAGGAGCCCCAGGCCGCCGCCAUCGAGGACGAUGAGGAGCUGGAGAACGCCGUGGCCGAUGACGUGGAGGAGGAGGAGGAGGUGCUCUUGGCGCCCGCAAAGCCUGUCAACCCAGUUCGCGUGCCGAACGCCCGGCGUCCCGUUGCCAAGAAGCCAGCAAAGGCCGCUGCCCCCGCCGGUGGCAAGCCCGCCAAGAAGCCGGCCGCCCCCCUGCCCGCCGGGACCUUCUUCCCCAUCGACUUCGGAGGCACCAACGGCGGCGCCAUCGCCAUCGCCAACUCGUUCAGCACCGGAGAGGGCGGAUCAGCCACCAGCCACGCCAUCGCCUACGGCUCCCCCGAAUCUGCUGCCCGCCGCGUCCGUCCGAACCCCAGCAAGUUCCGCCACUAAUCCCCGGACUGACGGUCAACCGCAUCUUGCUAGCGCCCCGCACCCGCGCGGGCUCCCAAUCAACCCAGUUUAAAGAGAUUCUCCUGUAAUUAUUAGCAAAAUUGUCCAUC